CCCUUUUGUGAAUUGAACUUUUUUUAUUGGUAAAUGAUGUUUACUUUUUUAAAACACUUGUAUGACGUAUUGUACGUUACUGCAGAAGAAUGAGUGUGUGUUGGACCGGUGUUAACAUGUGUGUGUGAAAGCACAGUCCUGUAGAGGGUGUCCUUGUCAGACUCUUGUCUAUUUUUGUUUUCCCUCCCAGUGAAGAGGUAGAAAUGAGCAGCUCUCAGAGAGGAACCAAAUCAGAGAGAGGGAGAGAGGGAGGGAGACUUAAGUGACCAGAACAUCUGCGGAGGGAAUUGCAUUAAGUUGCAGUUUAAUGUGAUAAAGCAGGGAGGAUUAUGGGAAAGGAUACACGUGAUUGGAUCCGCUGAAAUGUUUGGAGUUGGUUUGUGUCGGAGAACAGCGAGUCGGAUGGAGAGAGUCAGGAGUUGGACAGAACCUGAGAGGACAAAAGAUUGUUGAGGUGUAAUUGGAAGACACAGGACGACUAAGGCAAGGGGGAAGGAACGACUUCAUUAUCAUCUGGAAAGUCAUGAUGGUGAUCGGCGGUAACCGUGGAUCCUUCUCGUCAGAUUUUGGUUUCAAGACUAAGGUCAAGAGCAGCAGAAAGAUCAAACCCGGUGAAAUAAAUGAUGCGAAGACCGACGGGAGGAUUUGACAGUUCUCAUGUUUUCCUCGUCUGCACUUUAAGACCUCCCCUGCUGGCAGCAACCUGUUACAAUCAUCUGCUGCAACACUCUCUGAAACCACAUGUUUGAUCAAACACCUAAGCAGCCUCGGCUUGACCAGUAGGACUAACACAGGAGAACUAUGGUACCUGAUCUUCUGAGAGGUGCACUGUUCCAAGGAUGUCAGAUCCCCAGGAGCAAAUGAGUAGCAGUGGUUUUGACGGCAGUUGCAGUUUACUCCAGGGCCGGCGUUUCUACUGCCGGGAAUGGGCCCUGGACAAGCUGCGGCACUGCCUGGACACCUGCUCUGUGCCAAGACACCCACCAGGGCUGCUGGUGAUGGGGGGACCUGGUGCUGGAAAGACUGCCUUCUGCACUGAGGUUGUGUGGCCCACCUCGAAAGCAGGUGUGGCAGCUGGGUUGGCACCCCGCUGCCUGGCGUCCCACUUCUGCCAGAGGGAAGACCAGAGGAGUACAGUCCUGUGGAGGUUUGUCCUUGGUCUGGUGGAGCAGCUGAAGGCAUCGCCUCUCCUCUCUCCCAGAUACAGAGAGUUCCUCAACAGCCCGUCUGCAUCGUCAGCACUGGAACCCUUCAACUGUCAGCGAGACCCCGAGGACACUUUCAAGAGGGCCGUGUUGGUGCCUCUCUUGGACCUUCCUCCUCCUGUCCAGACUCUGAUGGUGGUGGUCGACUCCCUGGAUAUCGGAUAUGUGGCCGGCACAGGCGAUGAGAAGAGCGGAUCCAUCGCAGAGCUCCUGGCCACCUAUCAACAACAGCUGCCUGGGUGGCUGCUGCUUGUUUGCUCCGUUCGCCGCCACAACAAACCCUUGUGCAAGAUGUUCUCAGGUUUCCGUAAAAUCUGCUUGGAUGAUCUGCGGAAGCCCCCACCCGUACACGAUGUGCAGCAGUACAUCCUCUGCCGUCUGGAUGAAGACACAGCACUGCGUCGCCAGCUCACCCCCGACACAGCUGACAUGCUGAAUUUACUGCACAUCAAAAGUGGUGGCUGUUUUCUCUUCCUUGAGCGAGUUCUGGAUGGUGUGGCAGUCGGAUUGGUUGGUCUGCGGGAGAUCCGGGACAUUCCUGGGACACUCAAUGGCCUCUACUUGUGGCUGUGCCAAAGACUUUUCCCCCGGGGGCUUUUCAUAUCUGUCAGGCCUCUCCUGAAUGUGCUUUUAGCGGCACCUAGACCCCUUACACCACAGCAGCUGUUCAGAGCAACCUGGACUCACAACACCACGCUCACUCCCCAAGACUUUGAGGACAAGCUUCAGUCUCUGUCUCCUCUCCUUGUCGAAGGCCCUGGGGAAACAAAACUACUUUUUCAUGCCAGCUUUUCUGAGUGGCUAACCGAUGUCAAAUAUUGCACACAGAAGUAUCUUUGUAGCAGAACAGAUGGACACAGCAUGCUCGCCAUGGCUUUGACUGUGCAGGGACAACAUCUGGACAUUGAGGACACAUGCCAGCUUGCCACGCAUUUAAUUUGCUCAGGACACCAUCAAGACAACUCAUCAUUAUUGGCAUUGUGGAUGCUGUGGACAGGUGUACCCAACAGCCACACCUCCAGUCAGCCUCCUGUUCUGGUCAGUCAGGACGUCCUUCAGCUGCUGGUGAAGACUGGGCUCAUCUCUGCAGCCUGUUUUCCAGAUUCACAUCCAAGUGUUGGAGUACAUUGCAUGGGUGUGGAGAGAUCCGCUUUACAGCAUGGACGUGAGAGGCAAGUGUCUGUGAAGAAACUUUUAGAAAGUGGAGUGUCCAUAAACCACAGACGCUCUACAAAUGGACAGACGUUGCUGGCCAGUGCAGCGCAGGAGAAUUCGCCAGAUAUGGUUCAACUUAUCCUCACGUACGGAGCUGAUCCACUUAUUGGUGAUCAUCAGGGUCAGACACCACUUUCGCUAACUUCCAGACAAGGUCAUGUCAAAGUGCUGUCAGUGCUCCUUGAAUGGGCCAAGGGCCAGGGGCAAAAAACUGCCACGCAGAUGAUGGAGCACGUCGACAAUGAAGGUUGGACAGCACUGCGCUCUGCAGCUUGGGGCGGACACAGCGAGGCUGUGCGCCUCCUUUUGGAUGCAGGAGCAGAUGUUGAUGGAUGCGACUGUGAGGGUCGGACUGCACUUAGAGCUGCUGCGUGGGCUGGUCAUGAGCAAAUAGUUUUAACCUUGCUGAAUUACGGGGCGGAGGUUAACAAAGCCGACAGCAAAGGCCGCACUCCCCUAAUAGCGGCUGCCUAUAUGGGACAUCAAGAGGCUGUGGAGAUAUUACUAGAUCACAGUGCAGAAGUGGACUUGGCUGAUGGAGAUGGACGGACCGCCCUGUCAGUUGCUGCACUCUGUGUCCCCACAGCAGCUGGGAUCUCAGGUUACGGGGAGGUAGUGAGUCUGUUACUAGAGCGUGGAGCUGAUCCAGGGCACAGAGACCAUGAUGGCAUGACACCACUGCUUCUUGCAUCCUAUGAGGGACAUGAUGACAUAGUUGAGCUUCUGCUUGAAGCUGGUGCUGAUGUUGAUGAGACUGCCGGCCCGGAUGGUACUGUCACCGCUGCAGCAGCUGUUACUCCCCUACUGGCGGCUGCAGCAAUGGGCCACAUUAAGACGGUGUCUAGGUUGCUGUUCUGGGGAGCAGCAGUGGAUGCUAUUGAUUGUGAGGGCAGAACAGCGCUGUGCCUGGCGGCAGCCAGGGGCAGUGUUGAGGCUGUUCGUGCGUUGCUGGAUCGAGGACUGGACGAAAACCACAAGGAUGACCUCGGCUGGACUCCAUUGCACGCCGCUGCCUGUGAAGGCCAUCGGGCUGUUUGCGCUGCCCUGACAGAGCGAGGCAGUAUGGCACGCGUUGGAGAGAUGGACAUCGAGGGACGAACUCCAUUAAUACUCGCUGCCCAGGAAGGUCAUUGGAGCACAGUUAAGCUUUUGUUGGACAGGCGUUCUCCUAUUGACCAUAGGGCCUAUGAUGGGCAUUCUGCCUUGAGUGCUGCACUCCUGGAGGGUCAUGUUGAGGUGGCAGAUCUUCUUAUGAGGCGAGGGGCUGACACUGAUGUGCGGGAUGCAGAGGGCAGGCCUUUGCUCUACCUCCUGGUCUUAGAGGGUCGUCUUGAGAUGGCCACUCUUCUGAUAGAAAAAGGAGGGGUACCGCUUGAAUCUAGAGACUCUGAAGGCCGUACUGCACUUCAUGUGGCUUCAUGGCAAGGGCUUGUAGAAAUGGUAGACUUACUUGUGAAGCAUGGGGCAAACCCAAAUGCACAAGAUGCAGAAGGAAGACCACCAGUGCAUUCAGUGGCCUGGACAGGACAUGCUGAUGUAGGACAUCAUCUCCUGGAAGCCAGUGGCAUCAACAUUGACCUUGCUUGUCACCAGGGAGCAACAGCUCUAAGCAUUGCUGCCCAAGAAGGACAUGACAGUAUUGUAAGAAUGCUUUUGGAAAGAGGUGCAAAUCCUAAUCACUUAGAUAAGUACGGCCGUAGUCCGGUCAAAGUGGCAGGAAAACAUGCACACUUUAACAUCGUCAGGUUUUUAGAGAGCUACGGUGCCAAGCCAUAUCAAGGCCCUGUGCCAAACUCUAUGACCAUCUCCCCUGAAAAAUCCAACAAGAUCCUCUUCUCAAGCAUCACAGCGAGUAAUGGAGGUGAAGCAACAACAGCUACCUCUUCCUCUUCAGUAUCAUCCCCUGAUUCCACAGCAGAAAGAUUCCGUUCGAUGGAGAGUUCCCAGACCUCGUCUACAUGCCACUCCCUGGCCACGGUGCAGACUGUACCUGCUGACAGCCUCAGCUUCAUCCAGCAGAUCCAGCAACACUCACUGCCCCGCAGCCGCAGCCGUCCCUCCACCCUUCCUCCACCGGGGAGCUCAGGGAUGGGCAGCCUCCAUGGGAGCGUCCAAAGGCAACCUAAAAGCAGCCCCCCUCCUUCUGUUUGCACAGUUAAAGCUGUUGUGCACAACUGCAAGAUGCCGACCAAAGGCUUGACAUCUGGACAGGAAUACCCCGACAAAAUGAACAAACAGAAUCCACACUUAAUAAAAACCGACAGGAUGACAUGCACUGGUGGAAAAUGGAACUCGGUCAUGGCGUCUCUUGGCAUUGUUCCAGGGCAGGACAGUCCUGCAGCAGGUGCUAAAAACAGGGGGAGUCCCCCACUGGGCUAUCCAUACAGGUUACAAAGUCCACUUCAAGAGGAAGCUUGGAGUCCUCUGACCCAGAAAAACAUUAUGUCACCUGCCUGUUACAAUUUUAACCCAGUCGUACCUUGCAGUGCCUUGCCAGAGGACGUAAUGGUCAGAAUGACGACCACAGACCCACAGCUCAAUCUGAAACAGGCCAUUAAACUGCAGUUCGAAGGUCCCACCAGUGCAGCCUUGUACAAGAGAGAGACCCCUCUGUGACCGGUGCCAGAGAAACCGCUAUCACUGAUGUAAAAAAAAAAAAAGAAAAGAAAAAGCCACUUGUCAAGCUGUGUUUUGAAACAUUGUUUGGUUUACAGAAUUAUUUACAUUUUUCUACUUUAAAUUAUUAUAUCUGAACUGGUUGCAGCCCUAAUAUGGGCGUUACAAAAAAAGAAAUAUUCUAAACAUAUAUAUGUAGUUUAAAACAGAAUUUGGAAUUGAAGAGACCAUUCUUUUUAAUUUGACAAACUUUAUUGUUUGAAAAUAAAUAAAAUGAACAAAGGUGAAAUCUCCCUUUAAACCAAUGUGACACUCAGUCUCAGCAGUGAACCUACAGUGAGGAAGUUUGUUACUUUUUAGUCUUAUUUCACCUCUUGACAAACAAAGUGUCAAUGCCAAAAAUACUUGAUGUCUUUUAGACAUUUCAUUGCUUUUUUUUUUUUAUAAAAAGCUUUUCAUUCACCUUCAGAUUUGGCCUAUAUAUAUGACUCACAGCACACUGAACAACUGAAUACACUGUUGGCAGCAAAGUUAGGUUUUAAACAUUUAGGGAAUUUGUAGAUAUUAUUGUUUUAUUUACAGCACAUUUUGUGUGUUUGUUUUUACGUUUACUGAGGUUGUCCCAGAGUUAAAAAAAAAAGGCUUGGAUGACAGAGGAAGUUUACUUUUUCUCCACCCUUUUAGAAGAGUCGAGGAGUGAAGACGGUGACAUCACUGCUUAUUUUGCCUGAAUUUCCUGUGACUGUUUGGUAUUUUGGCAGGGCUCCUGCAGCUGUUGGACUGAUGCAUUCUUUUCUUUCAAAAUGUAUUGUUUUAUUUCUCCAUUUUGGUUAUAAUUUUUUUUCACCUUUUUACGUAGCCACCAGCACCAGUUUGACUGUGUUGGGAUGUGAUUGAAAUUAUUUUUUACUGGUUUAAAAACAAACAACAACAAUCCCCUUCUGGAGCUUUAAAUACGUGGCCUUGAUCUUUACUAUAAACUUUUAUACUGACUGUAAAGUAACUCUAAUAGCCCAUAGGUCUGUUUCUAACAGACAGUGUUUGGCUGAAGAAGUCCUGACUCAGUGCAGGGUUUAUGAUCCCAGCCACAAAAGACAGAGGAGUUUACCAAACCCACUUGGCUUGAUCACAGCAUGUCUGUGGGCAAGCAAAAAAAGGAGAGAUUUUAAAUUGGACAAUAAAAGUGGGAGUGGAUGUGGACGUGCCAUGGUUCUGAUUCUAAAAGUUUUACUUUAUUGGCAUUAUCUAUUAUUUAAAAUAUGCUUUAAUUAAAAUGGCAACUUUGUCAUAAACUGA